GUGUGCGCAUAUGUAUAUAAAUAUUACACAUAUAAGAGAGCAGAAGUUCCAAAAGGCUGUCAUGAGAGUUGGUAAUGAAGAUAGUAGAGUUUUUAAUAUGUGGGUAUUUUGUUGAAAUUUUGGUUUUUUCCCCGGAAAGCAAACGGCUGAUAUUCAACUCAAGUUGCAGACAAUUCUGCAGUUUGUAUUUGUUAAAAAUUGAUGGAGAGCAAAUAUGGCAUACAACUUGUUGCGCCGGUAAUCUUCACGAUGGUGAUUUUGGCUUUGAGUUUCAAAGAAAGUGCUGGUUUAACGGUCCCAACUAAUAUUAGUGUACCCGGCAGAAGCUUGCUUCAAAUAGACAAUAAUGUUUCACAAGUAUCAUCGAGGAAAUCAGAUGAUACUGUGAGGUUAGACCCUUUGGAUAAUUUCAAGAAAUACAGAGGAGGUUAUGACAUUACCAACAAACAUUACUGGAGUUCCACUGUGUUCACAGGAGUAUAUGGGUAUGUCGGUGGGAUGCUGUGGCUUUUGUGUGGAGUGGUAUAUGGUGGCUUUCUGAUAGCAAUUAUCUUUUGCUGUAAAAGAAAACCCAAGAAAAGAUUACCUUGUUACAAGCACUGCUAUCUCUGGCCCUUUGUUCUUGCCAUAAUCUUCACAAUUCUGGCAAUAACUGCAUCAGGAGUAAUCCUUGGGGGGAAUGCCAGAUUCCAUUCCCAAGCCAAGAAAGUGGUGCAUAUCAUAAUGAAUACUGCAAAUGAGGCAUCGGAGACAAUACAAAACACAACAGGAGCAAUGAGAAACAUGAGAGAUAACCUGGGAGCAAGUAACGAAAAUGAUGAGGCCUCUGGUUUCCUCUCCUCAACAUCUGAGAAACUCAAUGCUGAAGCUUCUGAAAUACGAAGACAGGCUAGUAAGAACAGGGGCAAAAUUGACAAGGGUCUUAAGAUAAUAAACAUAAUGACAAUAGUGACUGUUUCCAUGAACCUGAUUGCAGCUACUAUUUUGUCAGUUUGUGGGAUUUUGAGGUUGCAAAAGCCACUUCAUGCAUUUAUUAUUACCUGCUGGUUCUUGACAAUUUUGUGCUGGCUGUUCUUCGGGAUGUACUUCUUCUUAGAAAAGUUUUCAAGGGAUACAUGUACUGCUCUGGAACAUUUUCAGCAAAAUCCCUACAAUAACAGCCUGAGCUCAAUCUUACCUUGUGAUGAAUUGCUCUCCGCAAAACCUGUCCUGUCAGAUGUUAGUGCAGAGAUCUACAACCUAGUCAAUGAGGUAAAUGCAAACAUAUCGCUCCUGAAUGCUACAGCAUAUCCAAAUCUUGCUUAUGUCUGCAAUCCUUUCUCAGCACCACCAGAGUACCAAUACCAGCCAGAUAAUUGCCCCGCUAACACAAUCCAAAUCGGUGACAUAGCACAGUUGUUGGUUCAUUCAUCCAAUUUGUUUAUACAGAUAUUGAAGAUAUUUGCAUGUUCUGGUGCCGACAAAGGAACAUGUAAAGAUGGAGAGUUCAUAUCAGCCAGCGAUUAUAAAAUAGUGGAGGCUUACACAACUUCAGUUCAAAACCUACUAAACAUUUUUCCAAAUAUGGAAAAUCUUGUAAAGUGUCAAUUAGUGCAGAACGCAUUUUCUGAUAUACUAACAAAUCAUUGCAAACCACUGAGAAGAUACCUCAACAUGACAUGGGCAGCAAUGCUGUACCUCUCAAUUGUCAUGGUGGCUUUGGUGCUGCUUUGGACAACACAAGCUCUUCAUGACCAAGAACUUCAGAAUUCAGAUAUUUCCGCAUUCCAUGACAACAAAUGUUUUGGAAUCUGGAAGAGCUAUUGGGAUCGGCAAAGAGCAGCCAGUCCCUGUUCAGUCUAGAUAAUAAACACUUUUUUAAGAUAAAUAACUAAUGGAAGAUAAGUGUGCAAGCAUGCAAGAAACGACUUUGUACAGGUUGAUUACUUUCACAGAAAAAGAAACAGAGAAGAAGAGAGCAUAGGCUAUCCUGUAGAUGGAGAGAGAAAUUUUAAUGUGAUUACACAUUUUUCUUGUACUAGGGAGGUCUUACAGAAAUCAUAAUUCUUUCACUUACUAGGACAUAUAAGCUAGGGAUCAUUUUCCUUUCAUUUAUAAGUAGUUUUACUUAAGAAUCUAAUGUCGUCUAUAUAUGUACAAAAUCAAAGAGCAAUACACUGGUUCUGCUA